CGACCAGAAUAGACUCACCGAGUCAGGAACCGAUAAAGUGGGGGAAAAAGUCAGAAAAAGAAGGCGGAUAGGAAAAGCAAAGUCUAGAGACUGGCAUUUGGAAAUUGGAAUCAACGCCUUUGCUCUCAACUCUCCUCCAACAUAUUCGCCCUAACCAGAAUUUGAUCAGAAUUUCGAUUUGCGAUUAAAGAAGAAGAAAGAAGAAGAAGAAGAUGUGGGCAGCUUCUUGCCUGGCGUCGUGCUGCGCUGCUUGCGCUUGCGAUGCAUGCCGUACUGUGGUUUCGGGAAUUAGCCGGCGAUCGGCAAGGAUUGCUUAUUGCGGUCUCUUUGCGUUGUCUCUGAUCGUCUCCUGGAUUCUGCGUGAGGUCGCUGCUCCUCUCAUGGAAAAGAUCCCUUGGAUUAAUCAUUUUCAUCAGACACCUAAUAGAGAGUGGUUCGAAACGGAUGCGGUGCUGCGGGUUAGCUUGGGGAAUUUUCUAUUCUUCACUAUUUUGUCAAUUAUGAUGAUUGGAGUGAAAAAUCAGAGGGACCCUCGUGAUGGCAUACACCAUGGUGGAUGGAUGAUGAAAAUUAUUUGCUGGUGCCUUCUGGUUAUCUUUAUGUUUUUCUUGCCUAAUGAGAUUAUCAGUUUCUAUGAGACAAUUUCAAAGUUUGGAUCGGGAUUUUUUCUUCUUGUUCAAGUUGUCCUCUUGUUAGACUUUGUUCACGGAUGGAAUGACAAAUGGGUUGGAUAUGAUGAGCAGUUCUGGUAUGUGGCUCUGUUUGUUGUUUCACUUGUUUGUUACGUGGCAACGCUUGCCUUCUCUGGACUUCUUUUCCACUGGUUCACACCAUCUGGACAUGACUGUGGGAUCAACAUGUUCUUUAUUGUCAUGACUCUCAUUUUCGUUUUCGUCUUUGCUAUAGUUGCACUGCACCCUGCUAUAGGUGGAAGCAUUUUGCCAGCUUCAGUUAUAUCUUUCUAUUGUACAUACCUAUGCUACAGUGCACUAGCCAGUGAGCCCAGGGAGUAUGAGUGCAAUGGUCUUCACAGGCAUUCCAAAGCUGUUUCAACAGCAACGUUAACCUUAGGUUUGCUAACCACUGUUCUAUCCGUUGUCUAUUCUGCUGUCCGUGCUGGAUCUUCUACAACUCUACUCUCGCCACCAAGUUCACCUCGAGCAGGUGCUGGAAAGCCUCUGCUUCCAUUGGACAGCAAAGCAGAAGAGCAUGAAGAAAAAGAAAAGUCUAAGCCAGUAUCGUAUUCAUAUUCGUUCUUCCACAUUAUUUUCUCUCUGGCGAGUAUGUACUCAGCAAUGCUUCUGACUGGGUGGACAACCUCUGCUGGGGAGAGUGGGAAGCUGGUCGAUGUGGGAUGGCCAUCGGUGUGGGUGAGGAUUGUGACUGGGUGGGCAACAGCAGCUCUGUACAUCUGGUCUUUGGUCGCACCUACUCUGUUUCCAGACAGGGAAUUCUAAGCCCUGCCUUAGCACCACCGCCAACUAAUAAAAAGAAUUUAAAAAUCUCCAGUUGAUAAUGGGUGAGACUUGUUUUAUGCUAUUCGUGUGCUUAUACGUACUGAAACUCCUUUGUAAAUAGAAACGUGUGUCGACUCUUAUAAUAUUGCUAAAUUGUCUUGAGAAGAUUAUAUGCAAGGCUUGAGAAAAUUAUGUAUAAGGCGCUACACAUUAAUUUUCUUUCUACAGUAAUAUUGUGGUUUUAUGGA